AACCGGAUCCGGUGACAGAGAGUUGGGGAUAUGGAGAGUUCACGGUGGAGCUGGCCGGGACAUGUCUGAGUAGAGAGCUGCGUAAGUUUCCAAAUCGUACAGCUUUAAACCCCCGUGUUGAAGAUGGGACAGUGCGGCAUCACGUCCUCGAAGACGGUCCUGGUUUUCCUGAACCUGAUAUUUUGGGCCGCUGCUGGUGUCCUGUGCUACGUUGGAGCCUACGUCUUCAUUACAUAUGAUGACUACGAUCAUUUCUUUGAAGACGUGUAUACUCUCAUCCCGGCAGUGGUCAUCAUUGCAGUUGGAGCCCUUCUUUUCAUUAUUGGGCUCAUUGGAUGCUGCGCCACAGUGAGAGAGAGCUACUGUGGACUCACAACGUUUGUAGUCAUUCUCCUGCUGGUUUUCAUGACCGAAGUGGCGGUGGUUGUUCUCGGAUACAUUUACAGAGCAAAGGUUGAAAAUGAAGUUAAUACUUCUAUCAAGAAAGUGUAUGAUGAAUACAAUGGCACCAACAGCAACGCCCAGAGCCGUGCUAUUGACUACGUUCAGAGACAGCUUCAGUGCUGUGGGAUCCAUAACUACUCAGACUGGCAGUACACACACUGGUAUGAAGAAUCCAAAAACAACAGCGUCCCCAUCAGCUGCUGCAAAACUAACAUUGGAGGCUGCACAGGGUCCCUAACUCGUCCUGAGGAUCUCUACCAAGAAGGCUGUGAGGCUCUGGUUGUGAAGAAGUUGAAGGAGAUCAUGAUGUACGUCAUCUGGACCGCUCUGACAUUUGCUGCCAUCCAGGUGCUGGGGAUGCUGUGUGCAUGUGUCGUGCUGUGCCGCAGAAGCAGAGAUCCUAAUUACGAGCUUCUUAUUACUGGGGGCACCUAUGCAUAAAGGACACCACACUUCUUACCAUAACACACACUUACAGAAUUUAUGUGUCAUUGGUGAGAGCAUGAAAAUAAUCUAUUACCACACUAACCUUAACACGCUAACCACACUGCAGUUAUAUAUCUUACCUGUUUUACAAAAAAAAGAAAAGGAAAAAGAAAAAAAAAAGCUUAUGACCAAAUUCUUUAAUGGUCAAUGAGAACGAGAUGUAAAAAGCAUUCUGUUGCUCUGAGGAUGGCGUGAGGGUGUUAGACCUCAUUCUUACCAAGCUCAAACUCUUGUUAGUCAUGUAUGGAACAAAACGUGGACAGGGUAAUUUCCUCAUAUGUUAGUUUGCACUAUGUGUAUGGCUUUGACAUAUUUUAUAUUUAAACUUGUCGUGUACUUGAAUGAAAGAGUGUAUCAUUUCACCCUGUACCUCCACUACUAUUACUACUGCUACUACUAUUCUACUGUACUACAACUAUAACACUUCAGUUUUAGUUAAAACCUCAACUUUCACCAGCAGUAUUCUGUCAAGAAAUGGUAGACACUGCAGCCCAGGUCAGUAGCACAGCGGGUUUUUAUGUGUAAACCAUGAAACUGAACUGGCUUUGGCUCAGCUCAUUUCAGCUCAUUUCUUUUAAGAAUCUAACCUUGUAAUUCCCUUUAGUGCGUGGGAUAUUUCAAGUAGUAAUAGUGGACACAAGAUAGAUUUUGUCCUAUAGUUGUUUUGUUUGUCUUGUCUACUAGUUUUAGAGUUUGAUUUGCUGAUAUGCAGAAACAUCAAGAAUGUGAAUAAAAUGUGAGGUGAAAGUUUGAAAGGAAA